GUGAGUUGCUCUCUUUCCGAGCGCGAGCCUCAUCCGUCCGCUAUCCGCGCCAUCCGUCAGUGUAGAGCUUGGCUUCGGAGUCCUGCGAGGACGUCGGGCUUUUCUGGAGCUGAGGAUCCUCCAUCAUGGUGCGCAUGAAUGUCCUGGCGGAUGCUCUCAAGAGCAUCAACAAUGCUGAAAAAAGAGGCAAACGCCAGGUGCUUAUUAGGCCGUGCUCCAAAGUUAUCGUCCGGUUUCUAACAGUGAUGAUGAAGCAUGGUUACAUUGGCGAGUUUGAAAUUAUUGAUGAUCACAGAGCUGGAAAAAUUGUUGUGAACCUCACAGGCAGGUUAAAUAAGUGUGGAGUGAUCAGCCCCAGAUUUGAUGUACAGCUCAAAGACUUAGAAAAAUGGCAGAAUAAUUUGCUUCCAUCCCGUCAGUUUGGUUUCAUUGUCCUGACAACCUCAGCUGGCAUUAUGGACCAUGAAGAAGCAAGACGAAAACACACAGGAGGGAAAAUCCUGGGAUUUUUUUUCUAGGAGUAUAAAGCAAACAUGAAUAAAAUGCCUCAGUGGA